UGCCCUCUCUUCCUGUCAUCUAGUUCUCUCUUUUCUUCUUCUCUCUCCAUUCGAGACAAACUCGUAGAGUCGUCACCAGCUAGUUGCAAUAUACUCUCACCAUAUCACCGUGGUUGUCCCUUCCUAUGCGUCGCGUCCUCUCUUCUCCCCAGUCUCGCUACGCAUCCGCUUCGUCUGCGCCGUCAUGGACUUCUACCGCCUCGCUCCGCAUGAGAAGAAUCCGUGCCUUAAAUGCAUGCGCAAAGAUCUCAAGGAUUCGGACAAAAACGAUCCCAAUCCGCCGGAGUCUACCUGCCGCAUCGAAACCGGCAAGUCACUGACUAAGUGCGCCCUCUGCGUGAAGAGAGGUGAUCCGGGCUGCCUUCCGGUGUGUUUCGCUGGCGAUUUCUUGGCGAUAAGCUGACACUUCGGAUGCUGCCAAAAGCCAUGAUUGGGGAUCAGCAGGACAUGACUGCGCUGGUCCAUUGCAUUCGCGUCUUGUGCGCCAAGGAAGAUAAGGACGAAGGCGAGUAUGAGGGGUUCGUGGCAGAGGA